AUGUGGCGGUGCGUGUCUCGUGGCCUUGGCAUUUCUUCAAAGAGAUCCAUCUCCGGCGAAUCCCUCAGACCUCACUUUAGUAGACUCUUCUCCACUCAAUCAAAUGUGGGAGGUUCGUCAUACACAGUGGUCGAUCAUACGUACGAUGCAGUUGUGGUAGGAGCUGGCGGUGCUGGGCUCAGAGCAGCAAUAGGGCUGUCUGAGCAUGGUUUCAACACUGCUUGCAUUACCAAGCUCUUCCCCACUCGUUCACAUACCGUUGCAGCUCAGGGUGGAAUAAAUGCUGCAUUAGGAAAUAUGACUGAGGAUGAUUGGAGGUGGCACAUGUAUGACACUGUGAAGGGAAGUGACUGGUUAGGUAAAAUGCUUCUGAAAAUUAGACACUCUUUUGCUACUAGUUGGUGGGCAUAA